GCUAAGGAGAGCCGUCGACGCGUCAGUGAGGCUGCCUGGCGUCUGGUUUGUGUGAAACCCGUUGCCGUUUGCGUACAGGUAUCCCAAAACUGAGCAGAAGCUGGAGGAUGGGUCGUAGCUAUAUGGUGGAAGAUGCUGUGGAGAAGUAUCUGUCCAAACUUUGCAUACUAGGAGGAGCCACUCCAGUCACAGGGCUUCUCAUCGGCCAGAGCUCAGCACAGAGGGAUUUUGUUGUUAUGGCAACACAGACUUCACAAAGGGACGAGACCAGCACGAUAGCUGACGGCUCAUUGGAUAAACUAGACCUGGAGUGGGUCACUGAACAUGCUCGGCAGGUGUCCCGGAUGCUGCCUGGAGGCCUGUCAGUAUUAGGAGUCUUUAUCAUUUCUGAUACCGAUGCCAAAGACGCACUCAACCCACUCAGACAGCUGGUAUUUGCAGUGGAAAAAGUGAUCUCCAGGGAAUGUCUGUGGACCUAUGCAGAUGACGACAUCACAGACCGCGUCACACUGCAUAUCAACUCCAAAACCAGGAAAACCGCCUGCAGAACCUUUGAUAUUAAAGAUCCCAAGAGCACGGCCAAGCCCGCCGAUUGGAAGUACCAGUCGGGUGUUUGUUCCUCCUGGCCAAUGGUGUCAUGUUGUGUUGAAGUGGAUAUCCCACUGGUACUGCGAGAGAAAAGAACCAGCUUGGAAUACAUGGAGAAAAGUCUCAAGGAGGGAGUGGAAACGUGGGCACAGCAGAUUGAGAAUGGAGUUUUCCUCAUCGAUGGAAAACGUCUCCCAGAUGACUCAGAGCUCACUACGGGACAGAGAAAGAACUUAAAACAGACCUUCAGAGCUCAGCUGCUACUCACACCGCCCAGCCAGCAUGAGCAGCAGGCCCCGGGUCUGGUGCAGCAGUACGGAGGCAGUGUAUCGGUGAGAGGAGCCGUCCAUACCAGAGCCUACUUACACAGCAACAAGCCAAAAGCCUCACUACCCGAGAAGCUGCUAAAGCGGGACAUGGUGUCGACGGUAGCCGUCAGGGUUCAAAUGCUUAUGGAAGAGCUGCUGUCUGCGCAGGAGGAGAACAGUGGCAUCUCAGCAGACAAACAGACAGCAGACCACCUCUGCCUCCCUCGCCGGGUGUUCUGUCCAGUGAAAGGAGCGGGACCUAUACAUGUGUGUGACUACCAGUUCGAUGAUGAGGAGCUAUCCGAGGUGACAGACAGGCUGAAAGAGAUCCUGGACAUAGAGGCUGAACAAGAAGACUUGGACGCCACACAGGAAAUGGUCGGUCAGUCUGCAGAGACAGAAGAGGCAGCAGAGCCCAUAGCUGAGCCAGUUCUGGAGCCCAAAAGAAAGAACUAUACCGGUACCGCCGUGGCCACCGCUGUCGCCCUGCUCGCCACAGCUGCCUCGCUGCUCUAUCUUAAUGAUUACUGACCCACAAAUGCAAUCAAAAUAAAGUAUUUCUGUUGUUUCAGUCUAAGGUUUGAUGUUGUGUACCGUUAUUUACUACCAUGCGCGACAGCUCCCAGAAAUUAUUUUGUAAAAUCAAAAUCAAUCAUUAAGACACCGUUUAGCCAUCCCUCCAUUAGCCACACCGCUUAUCCUGCUCUCAGGGUCGUGGGGAUGCUGGAGCCUAUCCCAGCAGUCGUUGGGCAGCAGGCGGGGAGACACCCUGGACAGGCCGUUAGGCCGACACACACAUACUGUAUUGAGAUAUUAAUAUUUCACGUUGUCCCAUAAAGGUUUUCUGGAACAAGACAACAGUAAACAGACCAUAGUUUGUGUGACAAAUGUGCAUUUUAGCCUCACGUGGUCAGACAAGACGUCAGACCACGUCUUGUCUGAGCCACAUUUGUCAGAACCGGCACUGCAUUACCAUAUUGACCUCAAGUCAGAGGAAAUGAUGGUUGCCAAAAACUAUCUGAGGCGCGAGAGAGAGGCUGGUGCUGUUCAAGACACGCACACCGUGGACAACCUACUGGGUUCUGAUAUGUUCCCUUCGCUGAAAGCUAUUAGUCAGGUUGCCUUGACCCUACCAGUUAGCAGCUGUAGCUGUGGAAGGUCUUUUAGUGCCUUGCGUCGGCUCCACACCUGGCUCAGGAGGACCAUGGGGCAACGCAGAUUCCAGCACCUGGCUGUGAUGUCAGUCGAGAAGGAGGUGCUUGAGUCGGUCACCAAAAAGUGAUUGAUAGAUUCGCCACCCUCAAGGUGAGGUGACAGCUUAAUUCCUAAGUGACACUGUACUGUAGGGUAAGAUGAGUUGGGUUUUGGGGUGAAUUGAGCCAGCGUUAAAACUUUAUUUAUUCAGUUAUUGUUUACCCCCCAUUGUCUUUUAUUUUGAUGCUGGUAGUUCAGGAAGAAAGUGACUUUUUUUAAAAAAAAUUCAUUUAAUCAAUAUUUUUCUACCUUUGUAAGCCAAGUGAUUGUUUUGUGGCUCAACAUUAAAGUAAGU